AUGGCGCCCGGAAGAAAGCAGCGCCGUGCAGAGCGCUUGCAGUCCUGGAACGAGGGCCGCUGGUAUGUGCAGCAGUCGUGGAAGCGCUCGGGGCGUGAGGACUGGCGCAGCAAUGGCACCUCUUCGUCUUCUCAAUGGGAAUACAGUUCCUCCAACGGCAAUCGCUCCAUGGACUACAGCUCCUCGAACGGCAGUCGCUCCAUGGACUACAGCUCCUCGAACGGCAGUCGCUCCAUGGACUACAGCUCCUCGAACGGCAGUCGCUCCAUGGACUACAGCUCCUCGAACGGCAGUCGCUCCAUGGACUACAGCUCCUCGAACGGCAGUCGCCCCUUGGACUACAGCUCCUCGAACGGCAGUCGCUCCUUGGACCACAGCUCCUCGAACGGCAGUCGCCCUGUUGAGUACAGCUCCUCCAACGGCGUGUCCUCCUUUUCCACUAGCACUUUGGAAAGCCAGUUGGCCCGCGAGUUCGAGACGCACAAGACGCUGCUGCUUUCGCAGGGGCCCGGAGACAAGAAUGCGGGCAGCGACUACGAUCUGAUCAGCACCCUUGUGAAGCGGGCCUUCGUGUGGAAGCGCCACGACCUCGUGAAGGAAGCCGCGGAAGGUGACGUCGAGGAGGUCGCCGCGGCUGUUGCAGAUGCCUACGCACUCCCGGCGCUGACAAAGGCGGCAGCGCAAGAGGAGCUGUUUCGGGCGCUGGUCAUCGCGCAGAGCGAGAACCUGAGGACACCGUCCGAGUCCAACGAUGACGUCGCCAUUGCUGCCGUCUUCGACGACAUCGAGGACGAGGAGAAGGAGGUGGACCUUGAGACCCUUGAUCUUGGCCUUUUCACUGCGAGUCCUGGUCCGGCCCUCCUCUUCCAUCAGUGCGUUCCAGUGAUCUGGGUGACGCUGAUCAACAUGUGGCCAGAACUGCUCUCCAAGUAUCUGCAGAUGAUCUGGUGCAAGCCUGUCUCGGAACAGGGCGGCGUGGUGGUGCAGCGACUGCAGCCUCACCCGGACGUCGAGUGUUGGACCGGCGACCAUGUCCCCAUCGCCAUGAUCGCCACUGUGGGCCUCAGCGUUUGGUGUAUUGGCAUUCCCCUUCUUCUUUACCUGGCGAUCUGGCGGCUGAAGGAUCGGAACACACAGGAGAACUACAGGACGUAUGGCUACUUCAUCGACGGCUUUGAGCCUGCCUACUGGUGGUGGGACAUCCUGGUCAAGCGGGCUGAUGUGGCCAUCAUGAUGCUGGUGACUUAUACGUCCGUGGCCGACGACGAGAAAGCGAAACUUCUGAUCUAUCCCUUCAUCUCUGGUGGCCAGCUGGCCCUCACCGCCUGGUGUCGGCCCUUCCUCAACAACCAGGCGGAGGUCUUGGAUUUUCUGGAGUAUAUCCUCUCGAGCUUCCGCUUUCUCUUCUUCAGCGGGAUUGCGCUCCUGCUUAUCUUCCACUCCCAGGAAACGCUCAGGGCCCUGGCCAGCGUGCUGGCCUUAACCCUGGUUCUCAUGUGCCUCUACUUCCUCCUGCACGUGAUUGCGCAGGCGGUGCGCCAAGCCUCAAAGGACAUGGAGGCGGAGGAGGAGGCAGCAACGGCGGAUGUCUUCCGACGCCAGGCAUCCACGUUCUCCAAAAGCGUCAACUCCUCCCAGAAGAAGCAGGAGGUCGCUGCGGCGUCCGGCUGCACAGGCCGUUUGAAGCGCUGGAUCGUCGAUCAUGCGCUUCCUCUCGUCCAGGAGUCCCAGGAUGAGAAGUACUGGAUGGAGCCUCCCGGGCGCACUUGUUGUGGAAAGCACGUCAUCCUCACUCAAGUCAGGCUUAAGGUCUAG